UAGAGGCGGUGGGGCCGGGCCGGCGGUCGCGCAGUAGCGUCUCCCGCGCCGCCCGCGCCGGCGAUGUGAGGGCGGCGGCGGCGGCGGCGGCAGGAGGAGCGCGGCGCGGAGCGGAAGGCGGGCGGGCCCCGGGCGGAAGCGGGCCGGGCCCGGCGGCGAGGGGCAACAGCGCGGCGCCGGCGGGGGCGGCCGGGCGCGGGCGGGCGUGCGUGCGAUGGAAACGCACAUCUCGUGCCUGUUCCCCGAGCUGCUCGCCAUGAUCUUCGGGUACCUGGAGGUGCGCGACAAGGGCCGCGCGGCGCAGGUGUGCACGGCCUGGCGGGACGCCGCCUACCACCGCUCGGUGUGGCGGGGCGUGGAGGCCAAGCUGCACCUGCGCCGCGCCAACCCCUCGCUCUUCCCCAGCCUGGCGGCGCGGGGCAUCCGGCGGGUGCAGAUCCUGUCGCUGCGGCGCAGCCUGAGCUACGUGGUCCAGGGCAUGGCGGACAUCGAGAGCCUCAACCUCAGCGGCUGCUACAACCUCACCGACAACGGGCUGAGCCACGCCUUCGUGGCGGAGAUCAGCUCCCUGCGCUCGCUCAACCUGAGCCUCUGCAAGCAGAUCACGGACAGCAGCCUGGGCCGUAUCGCCCAGUACCUCAAGGGCCUGGAGGUGCUCGAGCUCGGAGGCUGCAGCAACAUCACCAACACCGGCCUCCUGCUCAUCGCCUGGGGCCUGCAGCGGCUCAAGAGCCUCAACCUGCGCUCCUGCCGGCACCUCUCCGACGUGGGCAUCGGGCACCUGGCGGGCAUGACCCGCAGCGCCGCCGAGGGCUGCCUGGGCCUGGAGCAGCUCACGCUGCAGGACUGCCAGAAGCUCAGCGACCUCUCACUCAAGCACCUGGCCCGCGGGCUGGGCCGCCUCCGCCAGCUUAACCUCAGCUUCUGCGGGGGCAUCUCGGACGCGGGGCUGCUGCACCUGUCGCACAUGAGCAGCCUGCGGAGCCUCAACCUGCGCUCCUGUGACAACAUCAGCGACACGGGCAUCAUGCACCUGGCCAUGGGCAGCCUGCGGCUAUCCGGCCUCGACGUCUCCUUCUGCGACAAGGUGGGGGACCAGAGCCUAGCCUACAUCGCACAGGGCCUCGACGGGCUGCGCUCGCUGUCCCUCUGCUCCUGCCACAUCAGUGACGAGGGCAUCAACCGCAUGGUGCGGCAGAUGCACGGGCUGCGCACCCUCAACAUCGGCCAGUGCGUCCGCAUCACCGACAAGGGCCUGGAGCUCAUCGCCGAACACCUCAGCCAGCUCACGGGCAUCGACCUCUACGGCUGCACCCGCAUCACCAAGCGGGGCCUGGAGCGCAUCACCCAGCUGCCCUGCCUCAAGGUGCUCAACCUGGGACUUUGGGAAAUGACUGAGAGUGAGAAGGUCAGGUGAGAGGAGGAGGAGGGUGCCCCGAGACCUCCAUCUCCUCUGGAGGGACUCACUGACUGACUGACUGCUGCAGAGGAGGAGAGAAAGAGAGAGGGGCAUGCACAGAGACAUGCUACCCACGCACUCUGGCACCGCAGGGAGGGACACAGAGAAAGAGGGUAUAUCCUCGACCCUUCUGUGCUGCCUACCUAUCCUUGCUGUGGAGGAGGAGGAGGAAGGGGGACCAGGAGGAGAGAAAGCACCUAUCCAUUUUCCAGGUCAUGCCUCAAGCUCCGUGCUAGGGAGACAGAGCUCUCUCCCUUCCCACAGCAUCCUUCCCUGCGGAAGAGGUAGAAACCCACACUUAUGCACUGGGGCUAGAGACACCCCUCUUUAUCCCCACUCCCACAUUCCAUCCCCUCAAGCACUAAGGAUGGAUAAAGAAAGACCCUUGUUCUGCCAUGCAUUCAGAAUAGAUUAUUUUUGGUUUAUAUUAAGGAGAGUGGAAAUGGAGAUGGGAAAAAAAAAUAAGUUAACAGCAGCAAAGGCUUCCUAGCUACACUUGUGUACCCAGCCACCCUGUCAUCCUGCGCUGGGCACAGACAGAGCUUUUGAUAAAACAACCAUUCCACCUCUGUGCUUGCCCCUCCCCUGUCAACACAUUUGUGACAGAAAUACUGCUCCCUAGGUACAGUGAUUCCCCCCCCCCCUUUAAAUCUCUCUUCAGUCUCCAGUUUCAUGUUAUUCUCUGCUGUGGGUGGAUACAACCUCCCACUAUUCCAGUUCUCCACUGCACUGAGACUAGCGAUAGCUACAGCCUCCCCUUUUGUCAGUAUGUUUCCAUGUCAUCCUGUACUAUGGGUAAUGGAAAAGUCCAGGCACUCCAUUCUCCCUCCCCAUCUCUCCACUGGAGAUGAAUACACCAUUUCCUCCUUCUCCUGUCUCUGUGGGGACUGGACACAGACCCCACUCUCUUAAGCCUUCCUGUGCACUGGGGGACUCUGAGAGUUACUGAGACUUGUCUUCCCUUUCAUCAUUCUCUCUUUUUCUCCCCUCCUCCUCCUUGGCAACAGGGAUAGACAUAUCCUGCCACAUAUCCAUUCCUCUCUGGGUUGGGGGUGAGCAGGUAGAAGGGAGUUCUCGCUCCUCUCUACCUGGGGGACAUGAGGAAGAAUCUCCAGCUUCAUUUCUGCUUCAUUUGAGAUACUGUGACCUGUUUUUAUUUUGAAAUGCAUAAAAAAAAUUACUGCUACAAAAACAGCCUCUUACUCUCCCAUCUAUCCCUUGCUUACAUCCUGUAAUUGAACCCAGUUUUCCUCACUCAUUCUCCCCCUUACAGUAUUCAUUUUCUUACAUGGUUUUAUUUUUAAAGACAUAUGAAGUUGCUGUUCUUGUGGAUUUUUAAGUACUUUUUUUUCUGCUGAAUAUAUUCUAUAUAUAUAAAUAUAUAUAUGAUGUCUGGCUA